AUGUCUGGUGUUCAACCUGUUGCCGUCUAUGCGCUCAAGGUGCCUGCUGGAGGUGCCCUCAUUCCCGCAGUGCCCGAUGCUGCGGCCAUGUUCCGUGUGAGCAUGGCUGCCAUCGAUCCUGACGAGGAACCUGACUUCGAUGGACACGAUACCAACCAGCGCCCCAGAGCCACCCUCAGGAUCGUGCGCGCUCCCCCCGGACUGGACCUUGAGGACGACUCGGACGAGGACUACGAGGAUGUGGACUCUGAUGAAGAUUCUGAUGAUGAGGAAGUCAAUGGCGGUCCCAGUGACAAGGAGAAGGCUCGCAAGCUCAAGGAGCUUGCCGCUCUUAAGGAAAUGGAGGAAGCCAUGGACGAAGAUGACGAGGACGAGGAUGACGAGGAUGGAGAUUUCGACCUGCAGGCUGCUAUCUCUAAGCUCGUCAAGGGCAAGGGCCCUGCUAAUGAUGACGACGAGGACGACGAGGACGAUGAGGGCCUGGAACUCGAUGAGAUGGUCGUCUGUACCUUGGAUACCGAGAAGAACCUCCAGCAGCCUUUGGACAUCACCGUCUCUGAGGAUGAGCGUGUUUUCUUCAAGGUCACCGGUACCCACACUGUUUACCUGACCGGAAACUACGUCAUGCCCACCGACGAGGGCCGUCAUUUCCACGAUGAGGAUGAAGAAGAUGAGGAAGACUAUGACCUUUCCCCCGACGAGGAUGAGUUGGAUCUUGAGGCCCUCAUGGGCGAAGACGAUGAGAGCGAUGACCUUGAUGACCUCGAGAACCCCAGAAUCACCGAGGUUGACAGCGAGGAGGAAGCCCCCAAGCUUGUUGACACCAAGGGAAAGAACAAGCGCUCUGCCCCCGCCGAUGAGGAGAAGCCUGCCAAGCAGGCCAACGGUGAGGAAACCUUGAGCAAGAAGCAGCAGAAGAAGCUUAAGAAGAACAACGGUGACGCUGCUGCUGUUGAGAAGAAGGAGGCCAAGGAAGGAAAGGAGGCCAAGAAGGUCCAGUUCGCCAAGAACCUUGAGCAGGGCCCUACCCCCUCCGGCCAGGACAAGAAGCCCGCCGAGCAGACCACUGGCACCCUUGGUGUCAAGGAGAUUAAGGGCGUCAAGAUUGAUGACAAGAAGCUUGGAAAGGGACCUGCCGCCAAGGCCGGUAACACUGUUGCCAUGAGAUACAUUGGAAAGCUUGAGGACGGCAAAGUCUUCGAUGCCAACAAGAAGGGCAAGCCUUUCAGCUUCAAGCUCGGCAAGGGCGAGGUGAUCAAGGGCUGGGACAUUGGUGUUGCUGGUAUGGCCGUUGGUGGUGAGCGUCGCAUUUCGAUCCCUCCUCAUCUGGCCUAUGGCAAGAAGGCUCUCCCCGGCAUCCCGGGCAACUCUAAGUUGAUCUUCGAUGUCAAGCUUCUUGAGAUCAAAUAG